GUACUAAAUAGAUUAACUUAUUUCCGGUUGGCGAAGCCGAAAGAACAUCAUCCUAUCAUUUCCAAUUUCCUGAAGCAAUACUGUUAUAAAGGUAGCAGGAUGGAUGGCAGUGGAAUGAAUAGGAAACGACGGAAAGCCAAGAAAAGUGCCAAUAACAAUAUUCCCGCUGCUGUACUAAAACGUCAGCAGCAAGCUAAUCUUGCCAAAAGACUUCAGCAUCAAGAAGAACUGUAUUACCUGCAACUUCAAGAGGAGGAGUAUUAUGCUGAAGAAAGAGCUCGUGAAUUAUAUAAUCCCUCAAGCCUCCUACAAAAUGUUGACACGUACACUUGGAGGUACCUGGGAUCCACACAGUUAUGUUUGACCAGGGCGGCUCUAUGCAGAAGAGAGCUAUGGGCCAAGGCAUGGGAGGAGGCUCCAUGUUUGGAGGCUUUGAUGACCCAUAUGGACCCAUAGGUGGCCAAGAAACAUCCACAGGAGGGGGUGGAGCAUCAGCUGGGGGAGAUAACUUUAAGUCAGACCGUGAGAAAUUACUCGAACAAGAACUUGCUUUGGAGAAGCAAAAACGACAACUUUUAGAAGAGCGGAGGGAAUUAGAAGAGCGAGAGAAGGCAAUCGCACAAAUGUCAAGUCCUGGAAGGGGUAGAGGCAUGCUUGGAAUGAUGGAUCAGUCCCCAAGGGGUGUAGGGAUGAUGGCACAGGGUGGAAUGGGAGGCGGAAAUAUGGGAAUGGGGGGAGAUGAUAUGGGCAUGGGAGGAGGUAAUAUGGGAAUGGGAGGGGGUAAUAUGGGAAUGGGAGGUGGUAAUAUGGGAAUGGGAGGAGGCAAUAUGGGUAUGGGAGGAGGUAACAUGGGGAUGGGAGGAGGUAAUAUGGGUAUGGGAGGAGGUAAUAUGGGCAUGGGAGGUGGUAAUAUGGGUCGUGGUGGUAUGGGAGGAGGUCCAAUGGGUCGUGGUGGCAUGGGAGGAGGUCCAAUGGGUCGUGGUGGUAUGGGUCGAGGUGGAAUGGG